UCCACCAGCCUGUAGCUCUCAUCGGGUUAGUUUCCUUCUUUCGUCUCUGCUUGUUUGACUGAGUGAAUUUUGUCCACGACACGACGGCUUCUCAUCGCCAAGCAUUCCGUCCAUGACAUGACGGCUCGUUUCCCCAUCGCGUGAACCACGGACCAUGGCUACUCUCCCCCCUCUGCGCGGGGGAGCGAGGACGAGGCAGCGAGCGGAGCAGCAGCAGGCGGCGCUUCAUUGGUCCGCGGACGAACCGUCUCUCGAUAUGAGCCACGACACCUCGUCGCAAGCCUCGUCGCACGCGUCGUCUGAUGCCUCGCGACGUUCGCACACCAAGCCGGUCGGCGAGUGGCCGCCUCGAAAUCUCCGACCGCGAAACCCUAACGGCGCAGCACCCGUCGCCGCUAAGACAGAUUCUGGGAGCAGAGUCAAGAGAGUAGGCAGGAAGAACAAUGGAGACGGUAUAGACGGAGAAAUUAAAGGGAGUUUAGACGCUACGAGUAAAGGUAGUUUAGGCGGCAGCAGAGGAGGCACUUUAGGUACCACGAAUGUAGACAGUUUGGUCUCGCGCGUGAAAAAGAACCUAGCAGACUUGCGCCCGUUUGACGAGUCAGCCAAUAACGCGGACAGUGGAGCCAGCAAGAAUGCGGACGGCGGAGCGGGCGCGGGGCCAAUGGGGAGAGAGACCGUGCAAGGCGGAGGAGGAGGGCCUUCAGGCAGACAAGGGCCCGCAGCUAGUAGUGGAUCGGCUUCAGGCGGCGGCGUUCCGCGGAGGAGACGAACGGCUGGCGGGUGCAGCUUCGACAGCUCCUUCGAUAAGGUCGCCGCGCCCAGUCCGUUUGUGAACGCGAGUGACAGCGAGGCCACGGUGGGCCGCAGGUCAGCAGCAUCCCUCACUGCGGCCGCCUCAUCAACCGCCGCUCCCGCUGCUGCCGUCUCCUCCAGCACACCACCGCCUGCGCUCACUGCCAGAGCGCCUCUCGGCGGCAGCCACGGGGUGCCGCCCGUGGGGGGGUCAGGUGGGCACAGCAGAAGCAGGUCGCACGGGUCGGGGCGGCUGCUGUCCCGGCUGGCGCAGCAGCCAGACGUGGGGCUCGCAGGGGAUGCAGGGGAUGCCGGCACUGCUGCCGCUGCUUCCGCUGGUGCUGGUGCUCCUGCCGUCACUGCUGCUGCUGCUCAGCUCGAAGGUCGUAGUCACUCACAGGGCAGUGAGGGGCCCAAGGGCAAGAGCAAGAGCCGUGGGAGCCACGUGGAGGGGAAGAGCAACACAGAUAAAGCGCCGCCAGUGGAGCCACUCGCCAUGCUCCCACCACCUGAUGCACCCCAAAUUGUGAAGUGCCAGAGCUGCUUCAAGUCGCUAGCAGUGCCCGCCCACCUGCCCCCAGCGCCCAAGGGCUACCAGAAGCUGCGUUGUGGUAAGUGCCUCAACGUCUCCCGCUACUCGCUCUACCACCCCCCCGCUGCUGCUGCUGCUGACCCAGCAAGAGCACAGCAGGAGGGGCAGGAGGAGGGGGAGAGGGAGGAGGGAGAGGGGGAGGGAGAGGUGGAGGGGGGGAGGUGGUUGGUGACAGAAACGUAUGGGAUGGGAGGGAAAGGGGCAGGUGAGAGGAAUGGAGGGCAGCUGGUGGGAGUGCAGGCGGGGGCAGGGCAGCUGGGUACAUCUCAGAUGUUCGAUGGGAUUCCUCAACAGCAGCACCAGCAGUACCAGCACCAACAGCUACAACAGCUGCAGCUGCAUCAACACCAGCAACACGAGCAGCGGCAGGAACAACAGCAGCAACAGCAGCAGCAACAACAGCAGCAACAGCAACCGCAGCAGCAGCACCUGCAACAACAGCAGCAACAACAGCAGCAGAAGCAGCAACAACAGCAACCGCAGCAGCAGCAACAACAGCAGCACCAGCAGCAGCAGCCGCCGCCGCAGCAGCCGCGUCAUCGGCGUGUGGCCUCCACAGGCGCCGCAGCAGUGGUGGCAGCAGCAGUGGCAGCCGCAGCAACCACCACAGCAGUGUCGCUGUCUCGCAGCGCCAGCAGCACGGGCCGCCACGACUCCCCCUACCGCAGGGGAGCGGGGCUCUCUAAGGGCGGCAGGGGCGGCAAGGACGGCAAGCCAGGGGGUAAGCACCAGCGGCGAGCCACAGUGGACUCGGCUGCAGUGCUCCUGGCAUGGGAGGGGGAGGCCGGUCAGGCUGGCCAAGCCAGUGCGGGCAGCAGCGGUGGGCGUAGUGGGGGGAGUGGGGGUGCAAGUGGUGGCAUGCCCCCUCGGCCCAGCACAAGCAGUGGCGCGAGUCAGGUGCCUGUGGCGUCGGGGUUUGGGCCCUGGGAUGCCGCCACGGCAAUGCAAGCUGCUGCUGCUGCCGGUGCUGCUGCCGGUGGUGGUGCUGCUCUGCCUGCUGGUGUGGCCGCCAGUGGAACCGCAGCAGGGAGUGCGGAGUUAGUGUGGCAGCAGCAGCUGUGGCAGCAGAUGCAGCAGAUGCAGCAGCAGCAGAUGGGGGCUAACUUGAUGCAGGCACAGCCCAUGGCGCCCCCAGGCGUGAUUCCCAUGGUGCCAUCACACCAGUUCCCACUGCCCAUGCAGCAGAUUAGCAUGCAGCAACCCUGCAUGCAGCAACCCAGCAUGCAGCAACCCAGCAUGCAGCAACCCAGCAUGCAGCAGCACUUGCCUCCUAACCCCAUGCCCUCGUCAGCAAUGCCUGGUGCUGCCAUGAAUGCACAUCCUCCCCUCCCGCCCUACGCUCUGGCAGGGCACGGCAUGCCAGGCAUGCUAGUGGCGCCAGGGGUCAUGGCGCCAGGUGGCAUGGGGCAAGGGGGCAUGGGCAUAGACAUGGCUGGCAUGGGCAUGGGGGGAAUGGGCAUGGUUGUGGGGCCCAUGGGGUUGGAGGGGCCCAUGGGCGAGGAGGGGGGCUACAGCCGGCGGGUGGUGGUGAACAGUGUGCCCAUCACGGACGCGGCUGUAGCGCGGGCAGAAGAACUCGCUGGGCCCAUCCACCCGGGCAGCUACUGGUACGACGUGCAUGCUGGCUUCUGGGGAGUCAUCGGAGGGCCCUGCCUUGGGAUCAUUCCGGCGGGCAUCUGGGACCUGGCCCUAGCUCCCCUACUCCGCCACUGCUCCAGCGGGCAGACGCUCGUGCUGGUGAACGGGAGGGAGCUGCAGCGGCAAGACCUAGACAUCCUCAUGCAGAGGGGCCUGCUGGACCACCCGGGCGCGGCCUACCUGCUGGACAUCCAUGGCAACCUCGCAGAUGCCACGAAUGGAGAACCCCUGCCCUGCCUUGGCAAGCUGGCUCCCUCACUCGAGCUCAAGGGCAGGGGGGCAGGGAUGUUCGUACCCAAACAGCCAACGCAGGGGUGAUACUCUCAACUCUGUAACAUGUCUAGUGUGCAAUGAUGUUCUCAGUGAGGCACGGUCCAAAAUAUUUUUAUUUGUAAAUGGAGCACAAUUUCAUCCAGCAGGCGGAGAGGUGGAGUGGAGUGCACCUCGGGCAGCAUGCUGGGUCUGUCGGUGUGCUGUGAGCAGGGCCCUAGAUAUCAGCCUUUUUACGCUGAUUCAGCCUUUUUUCAGACAUUUUGUUGGUACCAAGGCUGAACACUCAGCCUUUUUUGUUUAGUGGGCCCUGAAAAAUCAGCCUUUUUAUUUGUGUGUUG